UAGAAUGAUGCACAAUAAAUAUUUGUGCAGCAAAUAUUUCCUGGAAAGUGAUUUCACUACAGCUGAUAGGGUAGUGGUAGUUCCAGCUCCUGUCCCUUCCUUGAAUUCCUUGCCUCAAGAAGACUGUACUCAUGUUGUAUUUCCCACCACCUUCAAGUCACUGGGGCCAUCCCCUGUAACACAUAUUCCUAUCCAUGCACAUGGUCCUUUCACUUCCUUUAAAAUGUUUGAAGUGCAACCAUUACCAACAGCAGCCACCAACUUUUGCAGUGAAAGAAACCUCGUUUCUCCUAAGCCCUGUAAAUAUAAAUGCUUCUGGUGGGGAACUCAGGCAUAUCAAUCAUUGCAGCAAGCCACAACACUGUAUUGGCUACAGUGGGGUGCUGUGGAGAAUACCUGGCAACAGCUAUUUGAUGAUACCCUGUGAACACAUUUGAAGCUAUUCGUUCGUAGUCUGGUUUGAACAACAAUCCAACUGUGGGACAGUUUGUAGAUGCCCUGAAGACUAACAUCAUAAGUGCACUUGCUGUCAGAAUUCUGUGUGGAACUAGUUGUGAGGAUGAUGGUGCUACUGUUGUGUGUAACCUACAGUCAUUGUUCAGGGCACCUUAUGCUUCUUCACCAAAUUCGUCCGCAAGUCGUGGCAAGGAAACCCCUGAUGAAGUUCCUAAGUUUCCAUGUUACUCAACAAGUACAGAGAGACAUGGUUGCUGUAGUACUUGCUGGUGACAUGGAAGUGUUCUCAGUAGCCUAUGUCAGUGGUUCCAUUGCCAGACAGGUGCUUCGUGGUGUCAGCUGUGGUGCACGCAAGAUGUGCGUGAUAUCUGAAGUGCUGCUAUCAGCCAAUGUCUUCAUAUAUUUCAAGGAGUACAGAGACAGAGAACAGUCUCUCACCUGUCUUUCUGAGACGUUGGUGUGGAGACUGUUGGUGCUGCUGUAACUCUAAUGGAGUCUAUGAUGGCAGGCAAUUCAAUUCAUGUUGCAGCACAUCACAGCUGCCAUUAAGAGCACCAUUGACUUGGAGUGA